CAAUGAUUCAUCAUUUUCAAUAUAGAGGUUUUUAAAUGUCUAUAUUUAUAUUAAUCACACUGACCGACUCUCUCUCCUUUAAAUGCAUGUUCAGAGUCUGUAGGCUCUGUGUGACCCAGGGGUGCUUAUAUAACUAAAUGUGGGUGUCUGGGUAUAAAUACGUGUUUAUGAUUUUUAUAAUAUACAUGUCUGUGGGUUGCAUCUAACUCCUGUGUGUGUAAUAAUGUUUUUCUCUCAGCUGAGGCUUACUUCUCCAGCCUAUUGUUUGAGACAACAGAUAUAAGUUGCGAUGGGAGAGGAGCGUCGGAUUUGGUGUGUAUCCCCCAUUUCCAAUUAUAGAUGGAUCAUUACAGACAGCGGAGUCCUGAGAAGCCAGACAUCUGCUCCUCACAUGAAUGCACUCACCUCCUAGAGACCCGGCUGCCAUCAUGCUCUGGAAGCUCGUGGAGAAUGUCAAGUACGAAGAUAUCUAUGAGAUGUUAGUGCACACCUAUUCGUCCAUGGACCGGCACGAUGGCGUCCCGAGUCACAGCUCACGGCUCUCCCAGCUGGGCUCGGUGUCCCAAGGACCUUACUCCAGCGCUCCGCCGCUGUCCCACACGCCGUCGUCAGAUUUCCAGCCACCCUACUUCCCGCCCCCCUACCAGCCGCUCCCCUACCACCAGAGCCAGGACCCCUACUCCCACGUCAACGACCCCUACUCCCUGAACCCCCUGCACCAGCCCCAGCAGCACCCCUGGGGGCAACGACAGCGGCAAGAAGUGGGUUCAGAAGCCGGCUCUCUCCUGCCCCAGCCUCGGGCCGCCCUGCCCCAGCUCUCGGGCCUCGACCCCCGGAGGGACUACCACUCGGUCCGCCGGCCGGACGUGCUCCUGCACUCAGCACACCACGGCCUGGACGCGGGCAUGGGUGACAGCCUCUCGCUGCACGGUCUCGGCCACCCCGGGAUGGAAGAUGUCCAGUCAGUUGAAGAUGCCAAUAACAGCGGCAUGAAUCUAUUGGACCAGUCUGUCAUAAAAAAAGUUCCGGUUCCUCCCAAAUCUGUGACUUCUCUGAUGAUGAAUAAGGAUGGCUUCCUGGGAGGCAUGUCUGUCAACACCGGUGAGGUGUUUUGCUCGGUCCCCGGCCGUUUGUCUCUGCUCAGUUCAACUUCAAAAUACAAAGUAACUGUGGGGGAAGUUCAGAGACGGCUGUCGCCCCCCGAAUGCCUCAAUGCGUCUCUCCUCGGCGGCGUCCUCAGAAGAGCCAAAUCGAAAAAUGGGGGGAGAUCUUUGCGAGAAAGGCUAGAAAAAAUCGGUUUGAAUUUACCCGCGGGCAGGCGCAAGGCAGCAAAUGUCACGUUACUCACCUCCCUGGUGGAAGGAGAGGCUGUUCACUUAGCUCGGGAUUUUGGGUACAUUUGCGAAACGGAGUUUCCCGCCAAAGCUGUUUCUGAGUAUUUGAACCGGCAGCACACGGACCCCAGUGACCUGCACUCCCGGAAGAAUAUGCUGCUGGCCACCAAGCAACUUUGUAAAGAAUUUACAGAUCUGCUCGCUCAGGACCGGACGCCGAUCGGAAACAGCCGGCCCAGCCCCAUCCUGGAGCCGGGGAUCCAGAGCUGCCUCACGCACUUCAGCCUCAUCACGCACGGCUUCGGCGCCCCCGCCAUUUGCGCCGCGCUCACGGCCCUGCAGAACUAUCUCACCGAGGCGCUCAAAGGCAUGGACAAGAUGUUCUUGAACAACACCACCACUAACAGGCACACGUCUGGGGAAGGCCCAGGUAGUAAAACUGGCGACAAGGAGGAGAAACACAGGAAAUGAAAAAUUUAAAAAAAAGGAAAAAUGUUUUAAAUACAAAAGGAAAACAGAAAAAAAUUUUAAUUUUAGCUCUAAAAAUAUUGGAUUGGCUUUGGAAGAAUUAUAUUAGGUAGAAUACACAUACAAUCAAAGUUAAAAAAAAAAACAAAGCUAAAUAACUUAAAAAAAAAAAAAAAACUUGAGGCGUACCACGGAGCAACAGUAUCGGUUCUCAGUGUCUAUUUCAAGAUACACUUGGAGACAACCGUCCGGAUUUUCCACUUCGGUUCUUUCGAGCUUAGUAAUACUGAUAAUAAAAAGAAAACCAUGAUUUUUUUUUCCCUUUGGAAAAUAAACAUAAGACUAAACGUGAGAAAACUCUAACUUAUUGGAAGAAAAUCGGAGAAACCGUGUCGGUGUCAGUGCUUUGAGAGCUGGUUGACUGAGACGCACGAACUUUUUAAAUUUUUAAUAUAUUUUUAGGAAACUCUCUGGCAGUCCCCGCCCUUCCACCUCACCUCGCCCCUCUCCCAGCCACCCUUUUUCUACGUUGCCCUCCCUCCCUCCGGCUGUCACGGGAAUCUUCCGGGAUGAAAAGGCGUGUGGUUAGCCCUCUGGUGCGCUGUUGUAGUCCCCUUGGUGACCCCGCCCCCGCCCCGCCCUGUGUCCUUAACUCAAGGGGGCCCAACUCCGGGCCGUUUGCUUAAUUAGGGAGGGCGAGGGCGGGCGGGGCGGGAGGCCCGCGGGGACGCAGGCGGUGGCUGCAGCUCUCGGGCCGGCUGGCCGAGGAGAGGCUCCCGCGGCCCGGCCGAGGAAAAUCCGGACCAAUAAGUUGAUUCAGACUCCUCAUCAGUUCUUUUCCGAAACGUUACUAGUUCCCAGCCUUGCCAGCAUCUGCCUACAGAGCAUCUUGCAUUUGUUAUCAUAUGUGUCAUCUACCGAUUUUAAGAACAAUAGUAAAACCCAAACACAAUAUGAAUACGUUGAUUAGUAUGUAAUUCCUUCGGAGGGGUAUGUACCAUUUCAUUCUCUUCUGUUUUCCAAAGCUUUGCCCGCAUGGUUUAUGAGCUUCUUCAAAGAGGACUUGGGCUUCCUACACAAUCUAUAAGGUACAGAGAAAAAAAAAAUUCCGAUCCCUUUUUAAUCACAGCCUGUGUGUCAGAAUUCUGCAGGUGCACUUCUUUAAAGAAGCUCAAAGGGAAUAAUUUAGAAAGUGGCCAAUAAGAGAUUGAAGCAGCUUUGAGUCUAGUUGCUAACAGAUACCUCAACACAGAAUUCCGGGGAAGUGGGGAGCUGCUAAAUGAAUUUUAGGGGAGAGGAGUAAGUGUUCUUGGAGUCCAAUAUUUUAACAUUAUUGCCUUGCCUUUAAAGCGGAUUCCAUUUCCUUGGGCUCUUUGGUGAUUGUGGGGAAAGCAGCAGCUUUGCUAGUGGUCGAGUGGUCGCGGGGAGGGGGGUGGUGCAAGCUCCCGUGUUUCAGCAACAACUGCUUUCUUACAAGAUGCUUUAUGAAUGAGGCGUUUUUUCCCCUCCCAGACGUGCACUUGUUUUUGGCAAUAAUGGUAAAAUAAUGCAAAGUGAAAGGAGAUGUAUUUCAGCUUUGAAUGGUACUGUCUGGAUACACUGGGACUAUUCCCAGUGGAUAAAGUUUCAUACAUUUAAUAUCUCUCACUUCUGGCAGCCCUGCUCCUUUCUUGGGCUUCACCUGAGCAUUAUCUUGAAAUAAGAUCUGAAACCCAUUGUUCCCACCAUCCCCAAAGCAGUGGGAAAUCCCCAGGGGCGAAGGAGUGGAUGACCUAGGUCUCUAAAUAGAGUGUGCAUGGACGCAUCUCUUUAAACAAAGUAGGCAUUAGGACCUUUGCAGCAUCCCUUGAAUAUAAAGAUCCAGAGGUUUGUUCUGCAGGAUUUACAGUUAGGACCCACGGGGACUCUCAGGUCUGCUGCCCCAUGGGCCUUGGCCUGGGGAGGAGGGAGGUUAGAGGGUCGGAUUUAGGAACCUGCUGAGUUUUGCACUGACAUUUUAACGGGGGGGGGGGCUGAGUUAGGGAGCUGGUUUCGGACCACCAGGAGGGCCCAAGCAAUGGCUGAUGUCAGACCCCAGCCCAUCCACGUCAGCUUCUUUGGGGGCCUCUGGGUGUUCAGGGCUCAGCCAUAGAUGAGUUGACAGGAGUGCAAAGGCCGGGAACUAGACCUCAGGGAGCGUGUAGACACUCCAUCUCUUCCCAGCUCAGAAGCCUGCGCCUUUGUCCGAGGGCCUGGCCGCUUGCAUUAGACGUAUUCUGAUUGCCAAAGGCCGGGAGAAACCGCACUGAAAACCAUCGUCUCCUUUCCUUGCAGGGCAACGCGCCCCACGCGUGUGACGUGCGAGAGACGCGAUGGACGCGCCUUGCUCUUACUGUGCAGGUCCCGAGAGCGUGGGGGCCACUCGCGCCCAGUCGUGUUGAGGACAUAGAAUCAGCCGCUGGAGGGGCCGCGGGCCGCGCGGGCCCUUCCCGCUCUCGGUCUCACCCUAAGGGCUAAGGCGACCGAGAAAGCCCGGUGCUCCAGUAGGUAAUGGGGCGGCGCCCCGCGGGCUGCAGGCGGGAGGGGUCUCAGCGCUGCCCGAGCCCCUUGCUGCCAGCGGCCGCCCCGGGCGCGUGCUUCCCGAGGGCGAGUGGCCUAGAAAUGUCCAGGGGAUCGGAAGCUUCCCCCGCCUUUGCCGGUACGAAAUCUCUCCACCCUCAGGCUCCCAAAGGCGGGUGAUGGGGUAGGAAUUGUCUUACUGGGCUACGUAGGCUCCUUCGUCGCCCUUCGCCCUCCUCCGGGCGUUCCUUUGGCGCCCGGGCUGAGCAGAGCGCUUAGCAUCUCUCCCCCGCACCCCGCCUCCACGCAACGUGGAGAGAACCCACUGCCCCCUCUCCCUCCCCCACUUCUCCUUUCCUGUACGACCCCCGCCCCCUUGCUUUCGUUAGCCAGGCCUGCUACGUUUAUCUGAUAAUUGAGUUAUUAAAAGAUUUGGUUUCCUUGGGCCCAUAAAUCAAUAAACAGUGGGAUUAACUCAAGAGUUUGCCUUUUAAGUCAAGGGAAACGUUUUAAAGCAAGCCCCUUUGAGUCUUGUUUCCAAACUAAACAGGUGAGUUGCAGCUCUCCCCCCACCCCACCCCUGCACUCUUAAGACACUGUAUCCAAGCCGCGUGCCCACUCCUAAGUGCCCGGUCCCAAACCAAAAGAGCUAAAGGUAGAAAGCAAGAGUCAGGACGUGGCAGCGCUGCCCUCACACUUUCCACUCUGCAAGUUCCUUUGGAGGUUCUAAAGGUCUCCUGACCAUUCUCUGUCCAGUCCUGCCUCCUCUUGCACGUAUUGUGGCUCUCCUGGAAGCAAAGAGAGAAGAAAAGGGCUGUUCUGGGCGAGGAUUCUCCCCUAGUUAGCUCGCUUUCUUUUUUCCUUCUCCCUGGCACCACAUCCUUAGCUUUCUCCAGCCCUACAUAAAGAACUGAAGAACCUUUCAAAGACCUGGCUGUUUUAUUUUCUUUGGCCAAGGAAACCACUUUUUCUCAAGCAACUAUUUUAUAUCCUAUGAAAACUUCGGUCGAAUGGAAAACCUGAAAUACCCCAAACUUAUCUACACACUGUUCCUCCGGUACAAAGCCUUACUUAAAAGGGCAACUCGUCCCUACUUAGAGUGUUUAUAGGGAGUUUGUCCUCACAUUUGAUAUCCUGUAUGCGUAAUACAUUCUGUGGAAAGGAAUUAACCUUAAACCAUCUGAUGUUGCCUCAAGAGCCCAAACAGUGUUUCCCCUCCUGUGCUGAUGUAUGUUAAAUGAUCAGGUUAAAAAAAAAUAACAAAAUUCGUUUUGUUUUCUUUUAAAAAGUAGAAUGAACACUAUUCUUCUUGAAAUGCCAAAAUCAACUCCUCUGUUGAGUUGGUCUCUAAUUCACUAACAUUGUUUUUGACAACAAUCGAGAAAUAUCAAUCUAUUGACUCUUCACGAGAAGAGCUCUGGAGGGUAUCCAUGUUAAGUUUGUAUAUAUUUAUUUAUGCUUAAUUUAAUGGGAAUGUGUAAAUAUGGUGAGCAGGUAGUUUGGGAUUAUUUAUCUGUGAAUCUAUACCUCUGUGAAUGGGUGGUUAAAAAAAAAAACAAACCGCUUGACCCUAGGUAGAAUCCUAUCUGAAUUUUUCUGUUCUUUAUAGACAAGCUGUUAUGGUAAUGGGUAGAAAUUGGUUUAUUGUCCAGUGUUGACCUGAUUUACAUAAAUAAAAAGAUUGUUGUGUU